AUGACGUCGUCAAAUAAGCCGAAGGAAAAGAAGAAGGACUCGUUUGCUGAGAAGUUUGCCACUCAGGUGAUCAAAAACCUGCAGGUAGAAGUCAGGAACAUCCAUGUGCGCUAUGAGGACAAGUACACCAACCCACUGCAGCCAUUCUCUAUUGGUGUCACAUUGAAGGAAUUCCUCUUCAGGACAACAGAUUCCAACUGGCAGCCAUGUAUAAUCAAGGAGGCAGUGUCACAGAUCCACAAACUUGUCAAGUUGGAACAGCUGGCAGUGUACUGGAACAGCCACUCUAACCUGUAUGAGGGAAAGGAAAAGACAGAAAUACUGAAAAGUUUGAAGAGUGCAAUACAAGAAGGAAACAAGACUAAUUUCCAACAUUUGAUUCGGCCGAUCUCCUCUGUUGCUCACUUGAAGAUCACCACAAAACCUGAAGAACAAGACUUCAAGCAGCCCAAGAUCUUACUCUCUGUGAUAUUUGAUGACAUUAGCAUAGGUGUUGCCAAAACUCAGUACAACAAUGUUCUGGAGAUGCUGGAAGGGUUUGAGCGGCUCAGCCUCAUGGGCGUCUACAAGAAAUACAAACCCAGCGUGCCUCUACGUGGUCAUAUCAGGACCUGGUGGCACUUUGCCUACACAUCCAUUCUAGAGGAGACGGUGCGUCGUCGACGACGGAUGUGGUCAUGGCAACACAUAAAGCUGCACCGGGACAGCAAGCUGCGAUACAAGGAGGCCUAUGUGAGGAAACUGGAGGCCAAGAAAGUGCCUGCUGACCUCCAGAAAACACUGGACGAAUGCGAGGAAUUUCUGGAUGUGUUCAACCUGACCGUGCUGCGCCAGCAGGCUGAGGUGGAGGCAGAGAAACGCGAUGCACAGCACGCAGAGGACAAGAAAAAUGCAGGCUGGUUUGGAUGGUUCGGUGGCUGGUUUGGAGGAGGCAAGAAAAAGGAUGAAGGAAAGGCAAAGGGGGAAGUUGAAAAUAUCCAGCAGCAGUUCUAUGAGCAGUUCAACUUGGAGGAGAAGAACAAACUGUAUGAGGCCAUAGGCUACCAGGAGAAUGAAGUGGAUCUCACCCUGUGCAAAACGUUUGUUGCAUUACGGAUUGUCACAAAGCUCCACAACCUGUCUGUCACCCUAAGAGAUGACAGCAAAUCAGAUUCCCAGCUGUUAAAGCUGCAGUUGAAGAAUGUCCACUCCAUCGUUGAGCAGCGACCAGCGGCCUCUGCCAUUAAGGUGAAUGCCAAGAUGGACAAGAUGACGGUGCUGGGUACCCAGCAAGGGGAGAUCAUCCCUCACAUGGUGUCCUCCGUGCUAGAGAAGCUUACAGAACAAGAAGAGGCAUUGUCACUGAUAUACUUCUUGUUUGAGACCAACCCACUGGAUGGAUUGUGUGACGCAAGAGUGCGAGUCAACGCCCGCCCCCUGCAGAUCAUUUAUGAUGCAGUGACAGUCAACCACUUAGCUAACUUCUUCACACCUCCACAAGAUAUCCAACUUAAACAGCUGUCACAGCUGGCCAUGUCCAAGUACAAGGAUAUAAAGGAGCAGUCAGCCUCUAGUCUACAACACGCCAUUGACCUCAAGAAGUACACGGAGAUAACUGUAGAUCUCAUGUCUUCCUACAUCAUUGUACCACAUGGGGGCUUGUGGACUAAACACAAGGAUGUUUCAAAGCUGAUCCUAGACCUGGGUCAUCUGAAGAUUGGGACACAGAAGAGGCUAUCAGAGGCGGGGCUCAAACGUGGGUCAAUGGAGGAAGUGAUGGGGAAGGCAUAUGACACGUUCAACAUCAGCCUGGACAAUGUGCAGCUCAUGAUGAUACAUGCAGGUGAAGACUGGAAAUCCAUUCACAGACUGCGUGACUCUCCUAUGCACAUACUGUGUCCAAUAUCCCUCAGUGUGCUCCUCCAGAAGUGCAUGUUUGACAACGACCCCAGAAUGGCCAAAAUGAAGAUCAAAGGGCUGAUACCCCUGUUUAGCCUGAACAUAUCAGACCGCAGACUACAUGAGGUUAUCUCCCUUGCUACCAGUAUCCCACUACCAAAGCUGGAGCCAGCAGCAACCAAAGACGAUGUUGUACAGGGUGCUACAGAUAUACCCCUAGCCCUGAUGGUUGAUGACAUGGGUAUCUCUGAGAAACUUCUGGCUGUGAAGCAUGCUGCUUUGCCAUCACGAAGCCAGUCACAGGAAAGUUUUAACUACACCGAUGUCGAACUGGAGUUUAAACUCAAAAAGAUUACUCUGAACAUUUCUCAGCGUCAGAAAUAUGUUGACAGGCCACUGCUGAGACUCAUGAUAAACGAUCUUGGCACCAUGGUCAAGGUCAGAACGUUUGACCUCGGAGUGGAAGCAUCCCUAGGGGGCAUUUACUUGCAGUAUCUGAAAACUGAAGAACUUUCUGACAAAUCUGUGAUUAACCUGGUGAACACUCCAAGAUCUGCCACAGGUCACUCCAAUCUGCUUCUGGUCAGCUUUCUCAAGGCAAAUGUGGAUGCCCCAGAAUUUGCCACGACCUACAAGAAGACAGAACAGUCCUUUAAUGUUGAGUUCUCUGCUCUUGAACUACUUCUUCACCAGGAGGCCAUCUUGGAUCUGAUAGUUUUUGCCGAGUCAUUGCGGACCCCUGAGAUUCAGGAGCUGAAGAACAAAACGUCAGGUUGGAAGUCUGCAGAGGAAGAAGAGAAAACUAAGGAGGUCGCUAAGAAAAAGACAGUUUUCAAGAAGGAUCCAGAAGUGAUCGACCUGAAGGUGAAAGCAGGCCUCAAGAUGUUCUCUGUCACAGUGUGCAGUCAAGCCAAACUGAUAUCAGAUGUCAAAAUCAGAGGUAUCGAAGCAGACGUGACAUUACAAGAGAGGCAGACACUUGUUACAGCAUUCUUGAAGGGAAUUUCUGUUCGUGAUCCUAGUCCCCUAACUCUGUACCCAAAUAUUCUGGCGAUUGAGGGGUCGGAGGUGUUGACCUUGAACCUUGCCCUCUACAACAACAACACAGAGGGAGUGAGGUACGAGGACAUGAACAAUGUGGACAUGAUGGUGAAGGUCACCAUAGGGAAGCUAAAGGUCACCUUCCUAAACAAGUUUGUCAUGGACCUUCUGGCUUUUCUGGACAAUUUCCAACAGGCCCAAGCCAAGUUGAAGGAGGCCAGUGCAGCUAUGGCUGAGAUUACUCAGGAUGCUGUGCAGAACUUCCAGACUGCUUCCAGACUGUCUCUCCUGGUGGAGAUGCAUGCACCAAUCAUCUUCAUGCCCCAGACUUCAAGGUCGUACAACGUACUGCUGGUGGAUCUGGGUCACCUUCAGGUUAAAAAUAGCUUUGAGAAGCUGAGCUCAAGGUCGUCGUCAGGGAUACCAGCUGUCCUUGACAAGAUGAGUGUGACCUUUACAUCUGUGAAAUUGUCAAGAGCCAUAGUGGAUGCCAGUCAGUUUGUGAAGUCAGAGGUGGAGAUACUGCAACCUGUGACAAUAUCAGUGAAUGUUUGCCGCAACCUGUCUGCAGCCUGGUACCAUGACUUACCUGAUGUCAGCAUUGAAAGCAGCCGGAAUAUCAUGCAGAUGUGUAUGAGUCAAGGAGAUUUCACAGCAAUGAUGCUGACACUGGACGAGAACCUGACUGAAGGGCAGGGGAAGUCCCCUGGCAAGUCUACUGUAACCGUGGAAACAACAGCUCCUGGAUUAGAGGAUGUGGUUACCAAGAAAACAUCAGCCCCAGUGCAGUGUUCCCCAGAUACCCCUGUUCCCACCUCUCCCAAGGAGGCCAGGUGCAAGCUGAGGUUCAACUUCAUAGUGAACAGUCUCACUGCCACACUGUUCUCCGGGGAAAGCCAACUGACCAGUGGGCUGACCAAGAGGGACUACAGCAAGCUGCUCGGCAGCUUUGGUCUUGACCUGAUUUCUCUGAAUGGUCAAAUGAUGUCCAACAACUCCCUAGAGGUCACGGUCAAACUGCGGGACAUGACCUUGGAUGACAAGAGGAUACAGAAACAAGGGGGCAUAACUAAAAUGAUGGAGAGAAGCAAGAAGGGAAGAGCCAGGGAUAUGAUUGAUGUGUCCUUCAAGCAGGUGGCUGAUGGCAAAACAAUUGACGUUCACAUGUACAGCCUGUACCUAUGUGUGUGUCUGGAUUUCAUCAUGGCUGUGGCUGACUUCUUUGUUAAGGGUCUGCCCUCUAAGGAGACUGCGUCCACACAUCCCACACACCCCACUGACGAGAAGAAAUCUAUAAAGGCCAAGCCGGAGGAAGUGCUCUCCCCUGUGGGAGAGAUGAACAUCUCGGUGGUGAUAGACAGGCCAGAAAUCAUCAUGAUAGAAGACCAGGCUCGGGAGACCACCAAUGCUCUCAUGCUGGAUAUGGAGUUAAAAUUCCAAAUGCAGCAAUGUCCUGAGACUAUGUACAUGUCAGCCAGUAUCAGAAACCUGGGCAUUGUAUCCAGUAAAUACAACAGCAGGACCGAAGGAGGGGCACAGAUCCUGACACCGUGUGACAUCUCGUUUUACAGCAAGACGCCCAAAGGCCAGGGGGCCCACAUGGACGUGUCAACCUCUGACCUCAUCCUCAACAUCUCCCCGGCAACCAUCAGAACAUUGUCAGCCAUCGCUGCAGGACUGGCCCAGAAGGAUGUACGUGAGGCCGUUAAAGAAGAGGGCAAAGUUCCCGCAGACCUCUGGCAAUACAAGCAACUCUCUAACUUUUGGUUCUUGAAAACUGUUGUCAUCUCCAAAAAGUUUGCCCUGCCCAUAUCAACAGUGGAAGAGAACAUGAGAUGGGCCUUGAGGAGGCUUCGUGUCAUGUCAUCCCUUCUGCUCCAUGUUCAGAUGAUUCUCAACGUUCCGUCCAUCGUUGUCAAGCUGGGGGGGGUUGUUGGCAACAGGACGGUACCCCUGCUCAUCACUGACAUGUCUUUGCUGGGCGAAGUGAGGGAAUGGACUGGCAAGAUGUAUGUGGAGAGCAUCCUGAAGCUGGAGGUGGCCUACUACAAUGAGAGGAUAUCUGUGUGGGAACCACUGGUGGAACCAGUCCUGGACAGCGGGAAACUGAGAAAGUGGGAACUACAACUGGAGGUAGUCAAAAAUGAAGAAGAGGAUCAGGACUACGAUGAUGAGGACACUGAGGACAUCAAGCUCCUGCCCCCCAAGAUGAGUAUCAACUUGAAGUCAGCAGACGGGCUGCAGGUCACCAUUACCAAGGCGUGUCUGGAGAGUCUCACCAACUUGGGCAAGGCCUUUGGUGAUGCCUAUUCGCUGGUUGAGCCCACACUGAAGGCUGGAGAGGUACUGGACCCCUAUGUGAUACAGAAUGAGACUGGGGAGGACAUCGUGCUCAAACUGGACAACACUUUUGUGAUGCCGGACUCUGCCCAGAACGCAAAAGUCAAGUUACGUAGCGGUGACCUCCUACCCUUAAAGAACAAGGAAGGACCCAAGCUGCGUCGACAGGCAUCAGUGAUACGGGCCACUCAGAACUCGGACGAGAAGAAACUCAUCUUCCAGGUGGAGAGAUUCAACAUCCCCAAGGAUGUGACCAUCAAGAGGGCUGAGAGGAGACUGUUCAACUUUGCUGAAAAGCAGGCCCCCAGCAUGUGGGCCGUUGUCGUGGAUACUAGAAUCAACCUCGGCCAGAAGACCGUCACUUUCCGGUCGGCUGUUCAGGUUCAAAACCACCUGCCGGUUCCUGUGGAUAUCUACUACAAGGAUGCGAGUAAUGGAACCAAGCUGAUCUCCCCUAUCCAGCCUGGUGCCCUAUACAGUGUACCACUGUAUGCAGUCUAUGAGUCUACGGGGCAGUUCAUGUUCAGGCCCAUGAAGGACGGGUGUGUAGAGAUGAGUGAACCAAUCAGCUGGAAAGGGGCAGAGAACCUGGGGCUGAAGAAGCUGACCUGCCGUGGGGACGCAGUGCACCAGCCUUUCUAUAUCAGGGUUCGUGCAGAGAUUGAGGAGGUCUAUUAUCAGGAUGGCGACACUUUGUCUGCUAAGUCCACUAUCUUCCACCUUCACCCGACAGUGAUCUUCCACAAUCUACUGCCCUAUGAUGUUAAAGUCAUGCUUGAGGGCACUGCAGAUGAGAUGUUGCUACAGAAAGGCUGCAAUAUCCCUCUGGACCAUGCAUGCUUGGGGAAAACCAAAAUUGAGAUCAUGAUCAUAAACUAUCAGGGUAGGGAUUGGAAUGGCCGUCGGCUGCUGGACUGUGACAUCCUUGAACUCUCAGUGUGGAAUUUCGACGGUUACCAAGGGAAAAAGAAAGUUACCAUGAACCUGGGUCUUCAUUUCAAGGAGACGAGUGGUUCAAGCCAGGUGUCCCUGUUCUGUCCCUACUGGAUGAUCAACAAGACUGGCGUCAUGCUGAGAUACAAGGCAGAUGAUGACGACCCCAUGGAACACCCGUCCGAGAUCAAGGACAUUGUCAUGUUCUCGUUUAAGAAAAGUUCCCUGUUCAACAAGAAAAAGGACAAAACACAAGAAAAAAAGUCUUCAACAUUGGAGAGAAAAAAGGAGGGGAAGAAUAAACCUUAAGUGAAAGAAAUGAAACAAAGUGGAAAAGCCUGCCUUUGUAUUGGAGAAGGGGAUUGGUCUGAUAAGUUCUCACUGGAUGUAGUUGGCAGUUCUGGCACAGUGCAGAGCAAAAAUAGGAACAGAGUCUGGGAGGUUGGUGUUAACAUCGUUCUCUCGAGCUCGGGCCUGUCCAAGGUGGUGACCUUCACACCCUACUACAUGCUGGUGAACACCUCGCCCUAUGACAUGAUCUGCAAGGAACUGACCACAGAUAGCACCUGGAUUCAAGUCCCUUCUAAACAGUGUGUAGCUCUGUGGCCACUGCAGUCCGGCACGAAGAUGAAGAUGCAGGCUGCCAUGAAGGACUCGGAGGUCUCCACCAACCCCUUUGUCUUCAACAUGACUCACACCACCCUACUCAAGCUGAACAACCAGUACGGAGGCAUCAAUGUAGUGUGCCAGGAGACGGAGAGCGCCAUGGUAACAACCUUGACCCACUAUAAGGAUGGCAUGGCAACCGUGCAAAUCAUCAAUCACACUGACCUAUGUGUCAUUGAGUUCUACCAGAGUUCUGUCAAGAACGUACAGAAGAUUGCUGGUGGUACUGCUGGCCUGUACACAUGGGAAGAUGCCAUUGGUGAGAGGAAACUGGUCUGGAGCUGUGGCGAAAAAAGGGAAAUGAAAAACGACCUCACUCAGGACGGUAUAGGGGAGUUCUUCUACGACCCUGACAUCAAGGUCUACUGGGUCUCAUUCCUCUCUGGCAUGCAGCGUGUGUUACUCUUCACUCACGACCUUGCCCUAGCAAGUGUUGCCCAGGAGGCAGGAGAACUGGAGAUUACUCUCAGUAUACAGGACAUAGGACUGUCUCUAGUGAACAACUUCACACAGAGAGAGGUGGCCUACCUUGGCAUUACAAGUUCGGGGAUCAUCUGGGAGGAGAAGAGGAAGCGGUUCAAGGCUCUCGACAUGAAGACCACUGCGGCCCUGGAGAUGGCCUAUCAGAAGUGGGACACUGAGAAACUGGCGGGUAGAAUGCAGCCUGAGAGACUCACAAUUGACAAAAUGGAGAUCAACUUUAUGGAUAUGAUGAUGUUAAAACCGAACAAAAGACUGAUCAGGCGCAGUUUUGAGAACGGACUCUGGCUUCAGUACAAGACGUCACCACAUCAGGUGCAGUUUCAUGCAAAGAUCAACAGAGUGCAGAUUGAUAACCAGGUGGCUGGAGCAGUGUUCCCAACAAUCCUGUCCCCCAUGCCUCCACCCAAAUCAGUAGCUGCAGAUAGUGUUCCGAAGCCUUUCACAGAAGUCAGCAUGAUGUUGAGGAAACAUGAGCACAGCAAAGUUUCACAGAUGAAGUAUUUUAAGGUGCUAGUUCAGGAGAUGCAGGUAAAGGUAGACCAGGGCUUCCUCAAUAAUCUACAGGAGAUGUUCUCAGCAGACCAGGACGUUACCAGUGAGCAACAGAAACAGCUGUUGGAUGAGGACAUAGAAAAGACCCAACAGGACCUGAUCACCACCAUGAAUCUGUCGCUGGCCAGUGAGCAGAAAAUGUUCUACGACCAUCUACAUUUAUCUCCUAUCAAGGUUCACCUCAGUUUCUCCCUACAAGGAGGAUGUGGUGAUGGGAAGCCCACACAGAUCAGCUCCAAUCUGAUCAACGUGUUCCUGCAGAGUGUCACAGACAUACAGGACGUUGUCUUCAAACUUGGGUACUUCCAGCGUGAGCACAUGUUCUACAACAACAAGCAGCUCACUGGAGAGAUGAUCGGCCACUAUGCUGGGCAGGCCAUCAAGCAGUGGUACGUGCUGGUGCUGGGUCUGGACGUGCUGGGAAACCCCUUCGGCCUGCUGAGAGGCAUGGCAGAGGGUAUGCAGGACCUCUUCUAUGAACCGUACCAGGGUGCCAUUCAAGGACCAGAGGAAUUUGCAGAAGGCAUGAUGUUGGGAGUGAAGAGUCUGUUUGGACACGCCGUUGGAGGGGCAGCUGGGUCUGUGUCAAGGAUCACAGGGAUCAUGGGCAAGGGGAUUGCAGCCCUCACAUUGGACGAUGAGUACCAGAAGAAGCGAAGAGAGGCUCUGAAUAAGAGACCAGCCAAUGUGGGCGAGGGAUUUGCACGUGGUGGCAAGGGGCUUGUCAUGGGCGUGUUUGAUGGUGUCACAGGCAUUGUCCGGAAGCCCAUUGAGGGGGCAGAGAAGGAAGGGGUGGAGGGGUUCUUCAAAGGGGUCGGCAAGGGGCUGGUUGGCGUGGUAACAAGGCCCACUAGCGGGGUCAUUGACUUUGCCAGCAGCUCAUUGGAGGGCAUUAAAAGAAUAGCCGAUAACGUUGGGGAGAUCCACAGACUGCGAGCCCCAAGGAGAUUCCAUAAAGACGGAAUUAUACGCCCCUAUAACAGACAGGAAGCAGAAGGCUGCGCUGUGCUCAUGGAGACAGAGAAGGGCCGUUACCGAAUUGAAGACUACGUGGCCCAUGUUGUGGUAACCAAGGACAACAAGAAUGUCUUCCUGGUCACCAACAAGCGCCUAUUGUUCGCUAGUCGUGGGGAGAUAUUCGGCUCCUGGAACUGUGAGUUCACAUACAUCUGGGCAGAGCUCAAGGACAAACCCAAGGUCACAACCAAGGGCAUAGAGAUCACAUUGAAGGAGAAGGAGAAGCGGGGGCUGUUCGGGUCCUCCAUUUCAAAAAAGACGAUUCAUGUAGCUGACCUUAAACUUGCUGAGUGGAUGGUAGGAAAAAUAUCUGAAGCCUGGGACGCAAACAACUAGUUACCUGGGGUCGACAUAGAAACAACUAGUCACCUGGGGUCGACAAAGAAACAAAUAGUCACCCAGGGUUGACAUAGAAACAUUGAGCGUUGAGUGUGUAAAGAAAAUAUGCACACUCUGAGAAGUGUGAAAUACUUCCCAAGAAAACAUAUGAAAAAACAUUGUAAGAAAAUGAUCAUAAGAAAAUGGUCGAAAUUUGGAAAGCAUAUAAUGAAAUUGUAUGAUUAUUGUUGCCAUGGAAACAUGGCAUGCUGAAGACUGUUGAGGUAGAACUUUGAAUUUGAUCGAAAGUUCUUUCUAUCAUAUGAACA